AAAGAUCGAUAUUCUCCUCACCCGUACUUCAUAUACUUAUAUCAAUUAGAGCAUUGAGUUCCCUUCUACCAUUCAUCUAUUCAGAAUCGAGAGUCGGACCAGCAUGGCUGUAUCAACAUCUCGUUCGAACAAGCUUAAGGAUGAAGUAUAUAAAGCAGCUGUUGAUCAUGCUGGGAAGAAUGAUAAUAAGGAAAUUAUCCUGAAAUUCUAUGAGGAAAACCCCACUUCACCCAUCGAUGAUCAAGGUGAUACUGUCCUUCAUGUGCUCGCUCUGCACCGCACCGAGGUUGCCUGUGAACUACUACAGCUUGAGAUGCAUCAUGGCCUGUUGGCGAAAAAUUGCAAGGGAAACACAGCACUGCAUGAAGCAUCCAGGGUUGGUGCUCUGAAGUUAGCAAAGUUGAUGGUGCGCAAGGAAAAUAGUAUAGUCGAUCAUAGCAACCUCGUGGGAGAGACACCACUUUAUUGGGCUGCUGCUUAUGGACAGACGAAGAUGUUUCAGUUCCUUGCUGAAAAAAGCAAUCAUAGCAAUCUCAUGGGAUUGAGAAGAAAUGAUGGUCUUACCAUUCUUCACGCUGCUGUAAUGGGCGAAUUUUAUGAUCUGGCUAAAGAGAUAGUGGAUCGGUACCCACCGUUUCUUGCUGUGGCUUGUAAUGAAGAGAAGAAAACAGCACUUCAUCUAUUAGCUCAAUCGCCCUUUCUGUUCAGAAGUGGAACGUUGUACUCAGAGAUGAAUGUAGCUGACUCCUCCUUCAUCCCAUUGGCAUUGCUGAAAUUAAUGAUCUACAGCUGUUUAAGUAUUCCUGUGGAGGAUCCAAACAAGGGAAACUUGACAGAUCCAGAGGAUUCUCGGGAACCUGAAGAUGGGAGGAGUUCUAUCAAAGGCAAGAAGAGAAAUUACUUUUCCACUUCCAACUGUUGAUCUUUACUUAUUUUUGUAUGGGAGAAAAAACGGUAGCCAUUCCUGUACCCUAUCCCCUUCAUUGGGUGAGCACACAUGGAUAUCCACCAGAGAGCACAUAGGGGUAGUGUCAAUCCACAGACCUUAUGAGAAGUCAUAGGGAACAGGGAUGGUUAUCAGAGAGUGGAUCAUGUUCUCAUACAUUGAUCCACACACAUGGAAUCCACACAAGAAAAUGUUGGGUGAUGGAUUCCAUGUAUGUGAAUCAGAUGGUACGAGAGCCUGAUCCAUACUGCUGUUAUUGUUCUUUUUCUGUUUGUAUUUUAUUAUCUUUUUUUCCCCCAUUUUAUAAAUUAUUAAGUUUAGUGGUAUUGAUGGCUGGAGGCCAUACUGAUCACCCGCGAUGUCAAUUCCAAUAUGGUACGGACAGGAUUGUAUCAAUCCAACUAUUAGGUCUGUAUCAGGCGUAAGUUAAAAAAAUAGUCACCUUUUAUACAUACUUUCAGUCCAUUAUUGGUAUUAUAUCAAUAGCAGUUAUCAAGGAUAUCAAAACAUAUCAAUCAAUACGCGGAUACAAUGCCAAUACUUAGAACCAUAAGCUGUACAUAUUGUGGCUAAAACCAUCAUCUGUUGCUGACACAACCUCCCAACUAAAGCGGGUUUGACCUAGAAGAAAGACUUUCUGAAGUCACUCUAGAAUCAAGUCCUUGGCCUUGGAAUUUUCCUUCAAAUUUAUAGAUCCUAUUGAUUUGGUCUUGAGUUGAUAGAAACUCUUUUCUCAUGCAUGAUUAAUGAUGAUACAAUUAUUUAGAUGCAAGUAUGACAUAUUAUUUAAGAAGCCACUAAUAUCAUUAUUACUAGAGUUCAUUCAACAUGACCUGUGAUGAGAGGGUGCUAUAUAACUUGCAUUCUUUCUUUCCAUGUUGAUUAAUGUGAUCAUAUAUAUAUAUAUAUAUAUAUAUAUAUAUGAAUUCUAACCCCCCCCCUUAAAAUGUAGGAAAGAAUAAGAAAAAAAAUAAAAUAAGAAAGAUGAAGAAAAGUCCACAAAAAUAAUUGUCUUCUCCCUACAACUGAAUGAAGCUACGAGAGAAAUCUGAAGAGGAUACAAAAGGAUAGAGACCAGGGUCAAAGAUUAAAACUACUAGUACAUUCCUCUUUUUU